AUGGAAGCCAGCACGCCGCCUUCGUCCAUCGCACAAGCCCUGGACGCCUACAAAGUAGCCGUAGCAGCGAAGAACCAAGCUGUCCUCGAGGUCAUAGUCGAGACCUUGACAUCCCUGCCACUGCCCUCAAACAUGACAGCCGAAUAUGCGAAAGCGAAGCGUUUCGACUGGCUCAAGCACAGACUCGGGACUGGCAUCACCGCCUUCGCCUCUUCGCCCGAAGAUUUGCUUUCAGCAACCGCACGGGCAGAACUCGUAUCGCGACUGGAGUUGGACGGUGUGUCGCAUCAACUCGUGGAUCAGGAAGCCAGAGAGAAAUGGUUCGCUGCCACCAAGGAUGGCAUUUCAAAGACAGGCGUCGAAGUCGAAAGAGCCUUCCCUCCACCGGAAAUAGAAAAGCUCUGUUGCCUCGUCAGCAGCGUUCAUGGUCCUGGACUACCCUAUUGGCGAGACAUGAAAGGCUUCGAUCUUCUGGCGCCGGCCAGACGUCAGGUGCAGAUGGAGCUCACGCAACAGCGAGCCAUCGUACCUGCUCAUGACGAUGAUGCAGACGCAGAGCCCACGGAAGUUGACUAUCUCUGGGAAGAGUGGGACAUCACCGUGGCGGUCAAGAUCGGGGACGGCUGCUCAAUCAGCAACGGAGGAUCCUUCGCGAUGUACUGUCGGAAGGCAGAAGCUGAGGAGUGGAAGUGGCGAUACGCGGUGCAUGAUGGAGAGUGGUCUUCGGACGUCUAUGAGACUCUCGAGGAGUAUCUAGGAUUCUAUGCGCACUUUGGUGAGCAGAGCGAGGACAAGGCUGAGUGGCUUGCCGAAUUCGCGGGCAUGUAA